ACUUUUUAUUGUUUAGAAAUUUUAUUCAUAUUUUAUAUUAUUAGUUCUUUAAAGUCAUUUUACGCAACCUCUCAUAUUAAAAAAUAUUUUUGAUACUUUUUUAGGCAAACACUCAACUGCUUUUUAAAAAAAAAAAAAAAAAUUUCUAAAAGCUCCAGAUAGAAACUAUUUCCGCAAAAGUUACAGCAGGUCAAACUAGCUCAUUAUGAUAUUUUAGUUUUAUGUCAACCAUACCCUAAUAUGUCCAAAGUUCAACUGAAUGGAUAUCCAAAUCAUGUCUACAUACGAUGGUUUUGGUGUUUGACAUCUAGCUGAUUACAUUGAUUAAUUAAUGCUUAGUAAUCAAAGAGGAAAACAAAAUUAAAAUUGAAUGAGGUGCAAAUGGGUGAAUUACAAGUGCCAAUAUAUUUGUUUCUUUUGUUGACCUAAUCCCUCCCCUUUGGAUCUCAAAAUGAAUUCAUCUUCAGAAAAGUAGUCCUGUCCCCGACGAUGACCUCUAUCUGUGCGCUCCGGGAUGCAGCGGAACCCCACUACACACCUCCUUCUCCCGCAACCUUCACAAAGCCUAGGGACCCUCCAUCUCAAUCAUGUUCACCGCCAUUAUUUCCUCUCAAAAGGAUUUACUGCGACGGCUCGUUCGAUGAUGCUACACAGGAGGCGGCUUUUGGAGUAGUUAUUACUAACCCCAACGGACAGAUAUGGAAUGGAAAGGCUGGAAGGAUUAUUUGUUCAUCUCCGAUUGAAGCUGAGUCACGAGCCAUCCUUGAAGCGUGCCAGUGUGCUUUCGAAGAAAGGUCCCCUAUUGUUACUCUGAUUGCAAGGUUCUUGUGGAUGCUAUCAAUGGUUGUCCUUCGACAUGGCCAUUUGAGGGACAAGGCUUUGGACAGGGGAAUCUUUUGGCGGAUCACACUAGUAUAUUCUUAAAGAUUCCAUCGGAGCUCGCUAUAACUGAGUUCCUAACUUCGGAUCAGAGUCAUUUAUUUUUGCUUCAAUUCGAAUUGCUCUUAAUGGAUUCUCUGAACCACUCACCGACGACUGACCCCAACCCAUCUGGGAGGCCGCCGGACGUCCUUCAACAGGCACUUGCUAGUAGCGAGGCUGCCUUGACAAGUCUUCCGAUAGCCACCGACGCCUCAACUGAAUCAUUGAAGCUCACAAGCGACUCAAAUAUGAUAGUAGACUCUCCCUCGCCGACGAGAUCCGAGACGGAACGCCGACCCACCGUACCUCUUUCCUAUGCGAACAUCGUAAUGGGGCUGAGCCCGGAAGGCAAUAAAGCAUUGGUAUCGUGGACUCCGAUGGGCGAACACGAUCUCAUUACCGGAACCUUCGAUGGGGGAACCAGAGUUAAGGAUAUCCAAGGGCUUCAAGGAAAAGCUCUGUGUUCCGUGGCAGCGCACAUUGGUGGUGAGGACGAUGGGUCUGAACCUCUCCUACAUAACGUUUAGCAACAAGAUCAAGGCUUUAUGGCGUCCUUCAGGUUCAAUGGAGAUCAUGGCGUUGGGGCAGGAGUGUUUUCUUGUUAAACUCAGCAACCAUUCGGAUUACUUUCGAGCCCUUACUGAAGGCCCUUGGGUCAUAUGUGAUCAUUAUUUGGUGGCAGGGUUCAAGAAGACGCGCCUAGGCUCAAUUAGGCGCUAGGCGGUGGAGGAUCGCCUUGACUUGGCCAUAGGCGCUGGUAGCGCUUAGUAGGUAGGAAUAGCGCUUAGUUUGCGCUUAGUGUAGAGAAGGCAUGCCUAGGCGAGCUUAGGCGGUUAAACCAAAUACUCUUCGUUUUGUCCUAGAAAAUCAGAAACUUGCCUCUUGCCCUAGAAAAUCAGAAACACGGGAAGUAACAUCUGCUGCCGCCUGCCGCCCUAGCUCUCGCCCCAUUUGCUGCUCUCUACUGCCGCAGGAGAAAGUCAUCGAUCACUUUUCUCGCCUUCACACCGCUCCGCUUCUAUAGUGAGAAAUAAAGUCGAAACUCGUCAAUUGAUGCUCCUUCCUUCUCCUCGGUACGUAGCACAAGCUUCUUGCCUCUACAAGCACCUAUUAGCAUAUGAUUGGUCACUGUUUGCUUGUUAUUUGUUAUGUUAAGUGUUUACUGUUAAGAACUAGGCAUUAAUAAUUUUAUAUGCACUUG